GAGACCAUUUAACCCCCAGCUUUGAAGCAGUCUCCCGUGGUUUUGGGUUUAGAGAGUCCGUGCGGUGGAGCCAGCGCCCAGAGAGAAGAGAGUUAUUCCGUCACUUUUCCGUGAUCUGCCCGCGCUCCCGUUCCUAGUCUUUGAAAUUCCCGAGGCUCUUAGGAGACCGUCCGUCCCUGUGACAGAUCCCACAGAACUCCCAGAAUGUUCUCCGGCAAUUUAGAGGGCGGGACAGACCAAGAACUACUUUCUUAGACAUACGCGGUUCAGCUGCAUUCUGUGCUUGUCGUUUCCGGAACUUUACGCAACGUGUGUAUGUAAAAUAGCCACUCAGAUGCUUUCUUCACAUGUCGAAAAAAUGCCCUCCUGGCGAAGAGCUCGUCCACCCAGGUAGAGGGCAGCUUUGCCAUGGCCCCUCGGGGGCCCGACCAGGAGGAGUGUGAGGGCCUGCUACAGCAGUGGCGAGAAGAAGGGUCGAGCCAGGUGCUCUCAACUUUGAGUGAGGGUCCCCUUGUAGAUAAGGGACUAGCCCAGAGCAGCCUGGCGCUUCUGAUGGAUAAUCCUGGAGAACAGGAUGCUGUGUCAGAGGACAAGUGGUCCAGCAGGCAGCUGAGUGAUCUACGGGCAGCAGAGAACCUGGAGGAGCCUUUCCCUGAGGUGCUAGGAGAGGAGCCACUGCCAGAGGUCGAGGGCCCAGUGUGGACGGCUGUCCCCAUGCAGACCGGCCCCCAGUAUGCAGACUGUGCUGCCCUCCCAAUGGGUGCCCUGGCUGCAGAGCAGUGGGAAGAGGACCCUGCAGUGGUGGCCUGGAGCAUAGCACCUGGGCCUAUGCCCCAGGAAGAGGCUCUCAUCUGGCCUUUUGAGGGCCUGGGGCAGUUGCAGCCUCCCCCGAUGGAAAUCCCAUAUCAUGAAAUCUUGUGGCGAGAAUGGGAGGAUUUCUCUACUCAGCCAGAUGCUCAGGGCCUGGAGGCGGGGGAUGGCCCUCAGUUCCAGUUCACUCUAAUGUCCUAUAACAUCCUGGCCCAGGACCUGAUGCAGCAGAGCUCAGAGCUCUACCUGCAUUGCCACCCAGACAUCCUCAAUUGGAACUAUCGCUUUGCGAAUCUCAUGCAGGAAUUCCAGCACUGGGACCCUGAUAUCCUGUGUCUCCAGGAAGUCCAGGAGGAUCAUUACUGGGAGCAGCUGGAGCCUUCUCUGCGAAUGAUGGGUUUUACCUGUUUCUACAAGAGGAGGACCGGAUGUAAGACAGAUGGCUGUGCUGUCUGCUACAAGCCCACGAGAUUCCGUCUGCUCUGUGCCAGCCCUGUGGAGUACUUUCGGCCUGGCUUGGAGCUCCUCAAUCGGGACAACGUGGGCUUAGUGUUGCUGUUGCAGCCACUAGUCCCAGAAGGCCUGGGGCAAGUCUCGGUGGCCCCUCUCUGUGUGGCAAAUACCCAUGUCUUAUACAACCCACGCCGGGGUGAUGUCAAGCUGGCCCAGAUGGCCAUUCUCUUGGCAGAAGUGGACAAAGUGGCCAGGUUGUCAGAUGGCAGCCAUUGCCCCAUCGUCUUGUGUGGGGACCUGAAUUCUGUUCCUGAUUCACCUCUCUACAACUUCAUCAGGGAUGGGGAGCUCCAGUACCAUGGGAUGCCAGCCUGGAAGGUAUCUGGACAGGAAGACUUCUCCCAUCAGCUUUACCAGAGGAAGCUACAAGCCCCACUAUGGCCCAGCUCCCUGGGUAUUACUGAUUGCUGUCAGUAUGUCACUUUCUGUCACCCCAAGAGAUCAGAGAGACUACAGUAUAGCCGAGACUUCCUGCUGCGAUUCCGUUUCUGUGAUGUUGCCUGUCAGCGACCAGUGGGACUGGUUCUUAUGGAAGGAGUGACAGAUACUAAGCCAGAGCGACCUGCCGGCUGGGCUGAGUCUGUCCUUGAGGAAGACACAUUGGAGCCUGAGCCUGUCUUGCCCAGGACUGUAGGUACCAUCCAGCACUGUCUUCACCUGACCUCGGUAUAUACUCAUUUCCUGCCCCAGCAUGGCCGCCCAGAGGUCACCACAAUGCCCUUGGGUCUUGGAACAACAGUGGAUUACAUCUUCUUCUCAGCUGAGUCCUGUGAGAAUAGGAACAGAACUGAUCGCAGGCUGUGUCAAGAUGGGACUCUCAAACUUCUGGGCCGUCUCUCCCUCCUCUCUGAAGAGAUUCUCUGGGCUGCCAACGGCUUACCCAACCCCUUCUGCUCUUCAGACCACCUCUGCCUGCUGGCCAGCUUUGGGAUGCAAGUCAUCGCCCCAUGACGGGGCUCCCAGGGGAAGAGAGCUUCUCUUCCGGAAGAGUUCACUGGAUCAGAGACUGUGGAAAUACCCCAUGCUUUUGGAAACUUAGAUCCAAGAAACUUCCGUUCCCUCCCCUCCCUUCCCCUACCCUGUUACCUUUUUCCUAUGGUUAGAUUUUCUCCAGGCCUGUCCACGUUCUCUGCCUGUGGUCCCUGCCCACCCCAACCUCUUCCUAAUCCUGUGCCACAUACUCAGUGGCCCUGGGAGAGGCCGAAGGGGAGAUCCCCCUUCCUUCCAUGUAUCCAGUGCUCCCCCUUGAUUUUUAAUUACCAGGGUUGCGGGAGCUAUUGAUCUCAUUGGUUAUUUGCUUUCAGGCCGUUUCUUGAUGGUAUCUUCGAACCCAGUGUUCUUCCUGCCUUCCUGACCUCUGGGCCCAGCCCUCUUGCCAGGCCCGUACACAUGUGAGAUGUGCGUAGUGUGCAUGUGUGUCCUCUCGGGGUGGGACUGCUCUGUACAGCGUGCCUGCCUCUGAUCAGCCCACUUUCCACACGGGGGCUGUCAGCCUAGGGGCAGGUCGAGAGCAUGACCUGGCUGCUGUGUGUUGCCAGGCAGCAGCAGGAGCAUGGGUCCUUCUCCCCUUUUAUCUUGUGUGUCUCAUUAGGCAUUCACAUCAUGCCAACCAGGGCAUCCUCAUCAUCUGGGCUCUGGGAAAGAAUGGGCCACACAGCCUGGAGCAGCAGAUUCAGGGAUGUGCCGCCUGCCCCAGCUGCCUCCGAGCCUCCAACCCAGAGCUCCCCAAAGGCCUGGCAUGCUUUCUCUAGGGCUUGUCCCUUUCCCCAGGCUGCUGUGAGAAAGGCAAAAGUUUGAACCCCUGUAUGGAGUCAGUGGGCUGGAAUAGUAGUUUGAGGUUUGAAAGGAUGAGAAAGAACCUUCAAGAAACUCUUGUCUUGCUGGACUCUGCCCCCUGCGGAACUGGGGCAAGGGUGGGAGUCCCGGUAGGGGAAAGAGCAGGCAGGCUGUGCAGCUGCCUCAGCUGGGACCCAAGACCUCAGGGACUUGUUCUCUUCCUCUGCAUACCUCAGAAGCAGUUUUCUGUUCCUUUCCUCCCACCUCUUUUUACCUCCUUCCCUCCCCCCUUCCUUUCCAUUUUGUUCUAGAAAAGCCAGGUAUUCAGCUCAGGCCAAACCCUCUCUGCAGAAGGUGGCCUUGGGCAAAGCCUGUCCAAGAAGUCAAGGUGGCAGUGUUUUAGGGUUUGUUCCUGCUGGCAAGACCUCAGCUGCUCAUUGCCAGUGUUGCUCCUCUACCACAGGGCUACCCUGGCCCAUUCAUGGCCUUGCCCUGCCCCCGCUGUGUCACCUGCAUGCCUUAAUCUUUCAUAGCUGGGGUACAGCCUAGGUGUUACCGGGCCAGCUGGUCCUCCCAGAGUAGCUGCUGGUCCUUGCAGACUGGCCUUGCUGUUGCCCUGCUUGGCCUUCAGAAUGGGACUGAAGGGGGUACCUGAGCGGCUAGAGUUAGGGACAGUUAGCCAGAGGUUCUCUCCCUUUUUUUUUUUUGAAAGCCAAAGACCCAGCUUGAAUUCUGCUGCUGUGUUCAUGGUUAUAAGCUUUCUGUGCCUAGGUACUGGGGAAUUUAUCUGUGCGUGUAUAUUUCUGAACAUUGUUUCCUGGGUACUGGGCAUGUGCCUGUCUGAGCCCCAGGCCCACUUGUCCACACCCCACCCAUCGUUCACUCUGUCUCUCCCCGGGUGCCUCCUGAGAUGGUCUUAAGUCAGUGCCCUAUUGGUUGUCAGGACUAUGGCCUAUCACUGUUCUCUUCUGCCAGGAAAUGUGGUUUAAACGGCUCAAGAUGGCAGAGGGCAGGAGUUUUAUAUAUUAUCUUUUCCUUGUUUUCUUAUUUGUUUCUGUUUUGGAAUUGAAGUGGGGGUUUUAAGUGGUCAUUUAAGCUCUCUUUUCCAAAUAAAGGUUUACCAUUUCC